UCGAUCGUUCUUGUAAUGAAAGAACCUAUCAUGCUUCUCAACUUUCAAAUUCUGACGACUCUAGGACUUUAAAUUUUUCUUUUUUAGCUGCUUGCGGUGACGGGUGCAUUUGCGAGAGCAAUAAACAAAAUAUUGAUGAUUUGGUUAAAAUUUUUUUAUCCAUUUUCUCUGAAGUUACAACGGUACCAUCAGGUAGAAAAGCACUAUCAGUACUAAGACGUAGAACCGUAGGAUGCCCUCCUACGAUAUUAAUAAUAGACAUUGAUCACACCGAAGGUGUUAGUCGUGAUUUAUAUGCACGAAAGAAUUCAUUCGUU